CUUCCACAACCCUUUGCUCCAGUCCAUUACUGCAGCGGGAUACGCACAUUCCAACGUACUGUACUCUCCGUGCCAGCUUUGAGCCAAUUCCGGGAUGAUGUGUGCAUCGUCUCUUCUGCUCGCAAUUGUCGCGUGGGCUUCCGGCGCCGAGGCCGGCUUGCUCUACCGCCGGGGCAGUGUCCCAGGCGCCAGGACGCAGCUCCAGCUCGUAGAGGAGCCGUCAUUGCAGGACGCUUACGACGGGUGGCAGAACGCAGAGUUGCAGCCUCAUCUGCCACUUCUGGGGUCCCCUUGCACGGAUCUGGCCGUUGCUGAGGCGCCUGGUCCAGCAAUGCCGAUAUCCGAAGGGCGUUUGGUCGUCCACGGAGCAUCUCAACCCACUUCAGUCCGAAAGAGGCCGGCCUCGAGAUCUUGGAACGACUUCGCCGCGCAAACCAUCGACGACCCUGCCAUCGAGCUCCGCUAUCUGGCGAAGGAGUUCCUGGCACAGCGCAAGCUCCAAUAUCGAUCACUGGUGCCAAACACACAUGAAGGCGGGUCGGCUGUCAUCGCCCAUUGUGGAUCCUGCGCCGAAGGCACGGGCUGUUCCACAGCCUGGAAUUUCUACGUGUCGGAAAAGGACAACAAACUCGUCGUGCAGAGAUCUGGCGUCUGUUCUGUCCAGAAGAAUAUUCCACGGUUGAAGCGGCACUGGGCGCAAAAAUACGCGGCGGUGGGCUCGCCGGGCAGAGCGUUGCAGAAAAUGCGCGACGAUGGCAUAUCCGAGGACGAGUGGCCAACUGACCGACAGCUCGAGGCGGCCCGCAAUUACCUCAAGAGACAGCAGAACAAGGGGAAGGCACCCUUGUACCCCGCCAUCUGCAUCGGCGCAUUCCAACUUUUCCUGGCGCACGCUCCAGACCACGUGCAACUUCUACAGACGGCUGAAUUCCCGUUGGUAGCGCGGAAGGACAAGGUCCUCGUGGCCUUUGGAGCCCCCUCUGCAUUGGAGCUGGCGCGCAGGUCGCCGAUGAAAACGUUCCUCAUGGAUUUCACUUUCAAGAGCAAUUGUCACGACCUCGUUCUCGGUUGCAUCGGCCCUGUCGGCCUCACAGGGGAUGGGGACUUGCCGCACAUGCGCAUGAUCCCCGCCAUUUUCGUUCUCGCCAGGGAGGAGGACCACGAGGCCCGCCGCCAGUGCAUGGAACUGUUUUUCGAUAUUGUCGGGGGGCGGUCGUUGUACGAGGACGCAUUCAUGGACUUCAAUUGCUUGCAGUCCGCGGAGAAGGUCUGCGGGCAGACCGUCUACUUGCACCGCUGUCUCCAACAUACUAAGACCGACAUCGAGAAGGCAGCGCAUGAGAAGGAGAAGAACGGUCUGACCCGGCUUCUGCGGAUGGAGAUGCUUCCCCUCAUCAAAGAGUGGGUCGUUUUCUCCUCCACGCUCCCCACCGACGUCGAGUUCCACGCGUUCUGGACCAGCAUUCUGGAACGCAUUACAAGGCGCGGGACGCUGCAACUCUCAUGAAGGACGUCUGCAGCGCAGUGGACAGCCGCGUGCGUGCCAAUAAGUACAAUGGGAUUGUGCAUCAGAUUGCAGAUCCCCCGGCUGCCCUCUACCGCUGGCCGUCCAAAAUGAAGCCAUCCAGCCGCGGCGACGACAACGAUGACCCCAGAGAGCUCGACGCCAAGCAGUCCGCCCGUCUGGACGUCGAGCGCCUUCUCGCGCACUACAACACUUUCGGCGCCGAGAAAAUCAACACAGCUUCGCUGUCUGCAGCCCCG